AUGAUCAUAGACAAAUACCUGCCCGUCGCGGAUAGCUCUGCCCCUACCCAGUUCCCAGACUACGCGGGGUGUGCGGUGCCGGAGUUGGGCCAGGACUUUACUGCGGGCGAGAUCCGAGAUGCCUUGUUCUCCCUCAACCAUGCCCUGCUCAACCGGCUCAAGGAGCACGCCGAGACCAAUGAGAUGUACACCCAUAAUAUGAUUGGUUUCAGAGCCGGCCUCUCGACACGGGUUGCCAAGAAGCUGAUAAAGCAUCAGAUCAUCGACCGGAUCACGGGAGAUACCAGAGGCAUCCUUGGACCAGACCUGCACAACGCCUUCGACAAUAUCUCACACGAAUUCAUUCUCCAGUGUAUUGCCGGUCUCGGGCUCGGGAAGAAGGCCUACGACUUCGUCCGAUCCUUCCUUAGCCAGAGAACUGCCAAGCUCAAGAUCGAAGGAUACCUUUCGCAAGAGAUCCCCCUCGGUUCACGCGUCACGCCUCAGGGCUCAGUCAUCUCGCCAACAUUAUUCAACAUAGCAUUGAUCGGGCUUUCCAAAGAGCUCGCGAAGAUACAAUGA